AUGGAGCCUGUUUAUUCUUCCCUCACUGACCGAGCCAUAGAACUCUGCAAGCAUCUCGUCGACAAUGCCUCGCCAGCCCAACACCGCAUCGUGGUAGCCCUCGCCGGCCCCCCAGGCUCGGGAAAGUCAACCAUCGCAGCAAAAGUCGUGCAGCGCCUCAAUGCGACCUCGACCGUAUCAUUCGCGGCCAUAGUCCCCAUGGAUGGCUUCCAUCUUCCCCGCUCGACCCUCGACGCGCUCCCGAACAAACUCGAAGCCUAUGCGCGACGCGGGGCAAGCUGGACAUUCGAUGAGAAGGGCGUGCUGAAGCUAAUCAACGUCCUCUCUAAAUCUCGGUUUGAAACCUCAGACAUUAUAAUUGCUCCCACUUUCGAUCAUGCCGCCAAAGAUCCUGUGGACGACGGCAUAAAGAUUACAGCGGAUAUCACAUUUGUGUUGCUGGAAGGCAACUAUCUGCUCUUGGAUGCGGAGCCGUGGAAUCAGAUUCAGGGAUUGGUGGAUGAUACAUGGUUUGUGGAUGUUGAUCCAGAGCUUGCGCGGACGAGGAUCGCGAAGAGGCAUAUUGAGGCGGGGAUUGAGACGACGUGGGAUGCUGCAGUUAGGAGGGCGGAGAGCAAUGAUUUGCUGAAUGGCGUGGAGAUCAGGAGGAAAUUGGUGAAGCCUGCGGUUGUGAUACAGAGUGUGGAGGAAUAA